ACUGGCGCAGCAGCAGUCUCUUCUCAUGCCAUCAGGGAGGGUUUUGUGUAUUGGGUUCGGACCUGCCAUUGUCUUGCUUUGUUCUUGGGUUCAAAAAGCCGUUUUUUAUCUGCAUUCAUAUCGGUGUCUUUUAUGAAUAAUCAAAAGCAGCAAAAGCCAACGCUUACCGGCCAGCGUUUUAAAACUCGGAAAAGAGAUGAAAAGGAGAGAUUUGACCCUUCUCAGUUUCAAGAAAGUAUUGUUCAAGGCUUGAACCAAACUGGCACAGAUUUGGAAGCGGUUGCAAAGUUCCUCGAUGCCUCCGGUGCUAAGCUCGACUACCGCCGGUAUGCUGAGACACUCUUCGACAUCCUGGUGGCUGGAGGAAUGCUGGGUAAGCACCUAUUCCAUUUCAGGGUUCCGAUCAGGACUCUAUCUGAUGACCUGACCCGUACUGAGUACUGCCUCUUCACGGCAAGUGAAGACCUGGAGACCAUGCAGGCUUACGCUCAGGUUUUUAACAAGCUGAUCAGGCGUUACAAGUACCUGGAGAAAGGGUUUGAGGAGGAGAUCAAGAAGCUGCUGCUGUUUUUAAAAGGGUUCACCGAGUCGGAGAGGAAUAAAUUGGCCAUGCUUACCGGAAUCCUGCUGGCCAAUGGCAAUAUAUCAGCCUCCAUCCUGAGCAGCCUCUUUAAUGAGAACUUGGUCAAGGAAGGUGUGUCUGCCGCCUUUGCUGUGAAACUGUUCAAAUCUUGGAUCAACGAAAAAGACAUCAACUCAGUUGCUGCUAGCCUGCGUAAAGUUGGCAUGGACAACAGGCUGAUGGAGCUGUUCCCUGCCAACAAGCGUAGCUGCGAACACUUCUCAAAAUAUUUUACCGACGCUGGUCUGAAAGAGCUCUCGGACUUCGCUCGCAACCAGCAGUCCAUUGGAGCGCGCAAAGAGCUUCAGAAAGAACUGCAAGAGCAGAUGUCCCGCGGCGAGACCCUCAAAGAUAUCAUUGCCUACGUUCGUGAAGAGAUGAAGAAAACGAGCAUCUCCGAGCAGACAAUGAUCGGCAUCCUGUGGACCAGUGUCAUGAGCACCGUUGAGUGGAAUAAAAAGGAGGAGCUCGUCACAGAGCAAGCCAUCAAACACUUGAAGCAAUACAGCCCACUGCUGAAGGCCUUCACCUCCCAGGGCCUGUCUGAGCUUACCCUCCUGCUGAAGAUCCAGGAGUACUGCUAUGACAAUAUCCACUUCAUGAAGGCCUUCCAGAAAAUUGUGGUGCUUCUUUACAAAGCUGAUGUUUUGAGCGAGGAGGUAAUUUUGAAGUGGUACACUGAAGCCCACAUGGCCAAAGGAAAGAGCGUCUUCCUCGAGCAGAUGAAGAAGUUUGUAGAAUGGCUGAAGAACGCUGAGGAGGAGUCUGAAUCCGAGGAAGAGGAGGGAGACUAAAACACCAUGUCAACAGAAUGUUUUGUUACAGCAGUGCUUGUCUUACACAUUUUUUUUUUUUGUGACCUUUUUUUUUUUUUGAUUCUACCUCGUUUUCAAACCAUAACAUUUAGAUGUCAUUUAAGGGCUUUAUGACAAAUGGUUAAUUUUAACAGAUUUUUCUUAUAUUGAGGUUUACACUUAAAAUAGCACAAAAGUUGUGGUCAACCUUUGUAAUUAUUUACUCACUCAAGGAACUUUUAAGUGUUGAGACAGUUUGGACAUCUUAAAUUAUUGGUAUAAUGAUUCCUUUAUGAAUGGACAUUCCAUUGAGUUUGAUCAGGCUGCCUUGUUUGCUUUUAAGAUGCCCUUUUCUAUAUGGUAUUGAUGCCUUCAUGCCCUGUCAUGAUCAGUGUCCACAAAGGG